AUGGCGAUCUUCAGCGUGUACGUGGUGAACAAGGCGGGCGGCCUCAUCUACCAGCUGGACCACUACGCGCCCCGCGCCGACACCGAGAAGACGUUCAGCUUCCCGCUCGACCUCGUCCUGCGCCCGCACGACGAGCGCGUCGUCGUCGCCUUCGGACAGCGCGACGGCAUCCGCGUCGGCCACGCCGUGCUCGCCAUUAACGGCGCCGAGGUCAACGGGCGCUUCACAGCGGACGGGAAGGACGUGCUGGAGUUCCUGGGCAACCCCGCCAACUACCCCGUGUCCAUCCGCUUCGGGCGGCACCGCCUCUCCUCCAACGAGAAGCUCAUGCUGGCCUCCAUGUUCCACUCGCUGUUCGCCAUCGGGUCGCAGCUGUCCCCCGAGGUUGGGAGCUCCGGGAUCGAGAUGCUGGAGACGGACACCUUCAAGCUGCACUGCUUCCAGACGCUGACAGGGAUCAAAUUCGUGGUCCUCGCUGACCCGAGGCAGGCGGGAAUAGAUUCCCUUCUCCGCAAGAUCUAUGAGAUUUACUCCGACUUUGCUCUGAAGAAUCCUUUCUACUCCCUCGAGAUGCCAAUCAGAUGCGAGUUGUUUGAUCAGAACUUGAAACUUGCUCUGGAGGUGGCAGAGAAAGCUGGACCCUUCGGACCUGGAUCGUAGAGAAAGCCUCGCCUUCGCACAGACUCCUUUGUCUGAAGAGCAGGGCCCUUCUCUUCCCCGGCCGGUGUCUCUCCCGUAGCUCUGUCCUGCACAGCAGAGACCGCAUAUCCCCAAAACAUGCUUCGUUAUUUCCCAAGAUACUGCUUUAUCCUCUUUGUUACGAAAUUUACCUUAAACAGACUCAUUGCUCUUGUUUACACUGGGCCACAGAGGCUUACUCUGCUGUUGCAGCUCCACUGCCCUCGAGCGAGGAAAGAGAGAUAAGGUGCAGGUCUGCGGCCUUACUGCAGUCCAGUGUUUUCUCUUCUUUCAUAAUUGUACAUAUGUAUUUUUCCUGUAUAGCUCUAACUUAUGGUUUUGCAGAGAAUUUCUGUGUAGAAGUAAUAAACAUUCGUUAAGAGAG